CCCAGCUGAGCUUCUUCUUUCCCCCAGCACGCCGCACUUCUCUGCUCCCUCCAGUCCACAGAAGCUCCCAGCCGUGGCGUUCUCUCUGCUCGGCCGCGCCCCUGCGCUUGCCGAGCUGCUCUCUGGCGCUCGCCCAUGGCCACGCCUGCCCCUGCUCGCGUCCUUCAGCUCCAGCGCUCCCUCGGCUCGCCUGGCCGGAGCGCCCUGCGCUCUGCUCGCCCAUCCUCCGCUCCUAUCUCCAUGGCCGUGGUGCUUCUCCAUGGCUGUCGUCGCCCAAAUCCAGAACCUUGCCGAGUUCGUCCUCCACUCGGCUCAUGGCGCUUGGCCUCAGCUCGGCCUUACCUCCUGGCUAUUGUAUACCGCUCUGCUGGUGGCUGCCGUCAACCUGGAGCACCGCCUCGAGCACCCGUUGCCCCGCGCUCUGUUCUCCCGGCGAGUCGCGCCCAGGCUGCACUGAGCCCUUCCCUGGUCGCCUGCUGGCCUGCUACCGCGUCCCUGGCUCUAGCUCUGUUGCCGCGCACGCUCCCUGCUCGGUGUCCCUCUCCACUCGUCUGGGUACUCCUUCGCUGCUCGUCGUGCACGUGCUGGCCAACGUUCGGUGUCUGGCUCGCCGCGCGCCCAGCUUCUUGCGCGCCAUGGCGGCCGUCGUCGUGUUUUCCUGCGCGUGGCGUUCCUCCAGCUCGCCCAUGGAUGCGCGCUCCAUUUUCCCCAACCGCGCAUCCCUCUGUUGGCCAGAGUUCCCUGGUCCGACCCCGUGCUGUGCUCGCCUCGGCCGGCCAUGUUGGCCGCGCAGACUUCCUGGCCGCGGGCAGUUCUGGCCUAUGCCGCCAUCGCGCCCGGGAUUUUGGUGCGCGUCCCUGCUUCCCGAUAGCGCCGACCGCCGUCGUUCUCUGCCUGUGACCUCCGGCCGUGUUGGUCGUGGUUGCUAUCUUCAGCUCACCGGCAUGCUGCUAGGACUCGCGUGCGCCAUGGCUCUGAUUGCCACGCUCUCGCGCCUCCCUGGGCUCCUUUUGUCGUGUCCAGUUCUAGUCACGGUUAUCUGCUGAACCAUCGUCACGCCGGGUUGCCCCUGAUUCGUGGAGUUCACCGGCUUUCCCGUACACAGUCACGGAUGUCAUCACCCGGUCCUUGUCUCUUGCCGAGCUCAUCACCACCGUGAGACUCUGCGUUGCUGUACUCGGCCGCGUCUCCUAGUCAUCUUAUGCGUACUCAUCUCCAAAUUUGACCGUGCGGCCGACGGUCGACCAUACAGUUGCCUCACAGCAUUUCGACACCUUGUCGUCACUCGGCAACGUGUUUGCUCGUCACCACACCAUCUUCAGCAUCAUGGUUCUGUAAGACUCCGCGCACUCGUCAACACCCGGCUAUCAGUCUCCACCACGCGGCGCCACUUCGGACCUCUAGCCUCGUCCUACUCUGCUCCAGCUUGCGUCUAAGCCUAGGGUCAAGUUCGUACGCCACCUGCUCGAUAAAAUAAAGUGAACUGGUGAGCGCCAGUGUUUUUGUAAAUUUUGAGUUAAAUUACUAGUUGUU